AUGUAUACCGAAUUACCAUUUGAUGAAUUAAAAGUUGAUACAACAAAAAGAAGAGUUGCAUAUUUUUAUGAUCAAGAUGUUGGUAAUUAUUUUUAUGGUACUGGUCAUUGUAUGAAACCGCAUCGUAUAAGAAUGACUCAUUCUUUAAUUAUGAAUUAUGAACUAUACAAGAAAAUGGAAAUUUAUAGAGCAAAACCAGCUUCCAAUAUGGAACUAGUACAAUUCCACACUGAUGAAUAUAUUGAUUUCAUAAAUAGAGUAACACCUGAUAAUAUUCACUUAUUUGAAAGAGAGAAAACUAUUUUUAAUGUUGGUGAAGAUUGUCCUGUUUUCGAUGGUUUAGCAGAAUAUUGUAAAAUUUCAUGUGGUGGUUCAAUUGAAGGUGCACAAAGAUUGAAUAAUGGUUCGGCUGACAUAGUAAUAAAUUACGCUGGUGGGUUACAUCAUGCUAAAAAAUCAGAAGCUAGUGGGUUUUGUUAUACAAAUGAUAUAGUAUUAGCAAUAAUUGAAUUAUUAAGAUAUCAUCCAAGAGUUUUAUACAUUGAUACUGAUGUUCAUCAUGGUGAUGGAGUUGAAGAAGCAUUUUAUACAAAUGAUAGAGUAAUGACAUGUUCUUUUCAUAAAUUUGGUGAAUUUUUUCCUGGUACUGGUUAUUUAACAGAUACUGGUAUUGGAAAAGGUAAAUAUCAUUCAGUUAAUAUUCCUCUUCGAGAUGGUAUUGAUGAUGCUUCGUAUAAAUCAAUAUUUGAACCAAUAAUAUGUAAGAUUAUUGAAUGGUAUCAACCAUCAGCAAUUGUUUUACAGUGUGGUGGUGAUUCUUUAAGUGGUGAUAGAUUAGGUCCUUUCAAUUUAUCAAUGAGAGGUCAUGCAAACUGUGUGAAUUUUGUUAGAUCAUUUGGAUUACCAAUGAUGGUUUUAGGUGGUGGAGGAUAUACAAUAAGAAAUGUUGCAAGAACAUGGGCAUUUGAAACUGGUAUAUGUAAUGGUGAAAUUUUAUCUAAAGAAUUACCAUAUAAUGGAUAUUAUGAAUAUUAUGCACCAACUUAUGAAUUAGAUGUUAGAUCAUCUAAUAUGAAUAAUGCAAAUUCAAAAGAAUUUUUGGACAAAAUAUUGACACAAGUUAUUUCAAAUUUGGAUCAUACAAAACAUGCACCUAGUGUACAAAUGAAUAAUGUACCCAAUGACCUAGAAAAUUUCGGGGAUGAAGAUGAAGAUACACCAAUGGCAUUAGAUACAAAAGGCGGAUCACAAUUCAAAAGAGAUAAACAAAUUGUAAAAAAUAAUGAAUUUUUUGAUGAUGAAAAUUAUAAUAAAGGCGAAAAAAAUAUCGAUAUUGACUUAGAUUUCAGAGAAAAAGAAGCUGAAAAUGAAAAUCUAGAAACGAAAACUUAUAAUGAAGAUAAAAAUAUUUUAUUGAAUUAA